AUGGCCACAACCGACAACUCCAACAAAUCAGCUACUCAGGAUGAAUUGGACAUCUCAAACCUUGAAGGCGUACAGCGAAAUCUAGUCAGAAAGGUCAAGAGAGCAAAGACGAAACAAGUCUCUACGAAUGCCAAUCCAGAUGUCUUUCGUCGAACUUGCGGCAAACGUGGACUACUGGAGAAGCUAGCUAAAGAGGCCCCGCUGGACAUUUUUAUAGAGGUGUUCAAAUACCUGGGGCCCCGAGAUAUACUAUAUCUUUCCCGGACGACCAAAGCUUUCCGAGCGUUUCUCAUGACAAGCUCUUCCUUGCCUGUCUGGCGUACAGCUCGCGAGAAUAUCUCGGAUCUGCCUCCAUUACCCACCGACCUGAAUGAACCCCAAUAUGCGAGCUUGCUCUUUGAUAACCAUUGCUAUGCAAGUAUUACAGCCUUCAACUACCGCUGUAACUUUGUUUGA